GUGAACAUUAGCAAGGAGUCUCCACUUUCUUGUUCAAGAGGAAAGUAGAGCAGCAUCGACCAUCGACCAUGGCAUCGCAAGAUCCGAACACGAACACCGCAAGCGGAAGCGGCAGCGGCAAGCAGGACGAGCCCACCAAACCGCCGCCCCCAAAGGAUUCCAAAAAGAAAGAUGACAAGAAGGACGAGGAUUUGUCCGAUGAAGAUUUGGCCUUGAAGCAACAAUUGGAGUUAUAUGUGGAGAGGGUUCAAGAUCCCGAUCCUGGGUUGCAGAAGGUUGCCCUUGAGAGUAUGAGGCAGGAAAUUCGUACCUCAACUAGUUCCAUGACCUCAGUUCCAAAGCCGUUAAAAUAUCUUCGCCCGCAUUAUGGAACUCUAAAAGCAUAUUAUGAAACAAUGAGUGAUUCGGAUUUGAAGAAAUACCUCGCAGAUAUAUUGUCGGUUUUGGCAUUGACCAUGUCUGCUGAAGGAGAACGGGAAAGCUUAAAGUUUAGAUUAUUGGGUUCAGAUGGUGAUAUUGGUUCAUGGGGCCAUGAAUAUGUCAGGAAUUUAGCUGGAGAAAUUGCUCAAGAAUAUGCCAAGCGACAGUUACAGAGUGAUGAGACCCCCUUUGAUGAUCUAAUGGAACUAGUACAACAAAUAGUUGCUUUUCACAUGAGGCACAAUGCUGAACCGGAAGCUGUUGACCUUUUAAUGGAGGUGGAAGACCUUGAUCUGUUAGUUGAGCAUGUUGAUAAGACAAAUUUUAAGAGGACUUGUCUCUACCUCACCAGUUCGGCAAGAUACCUUCCUGGACCAGAUGAUAUGUUAGUUUUGGAUAUUGCAUUCAUGAUAUAUCUGAAAUUUGAAGAGUAUCCAAAUGCACUUCAGAUUGCUCUUUUCCUCGACAAUAAGGAGUAUGUAAAGCAAGUCUUUACCUCUUGUGAUGAUCUGCUGCGUAAAAAGCAAUUCUGUUACAUCCUUGCCAGACAUGGUAGUAAUUUUGAGCUUAAUGAUGAGAUGGUUGCAGAAGAUGAAGAAAGAGAAGCAUUGCAGGAUAUUAUCAAUAACGCUAAACUCAGUGAAGGUUAUCUUACCCUUGCUCGUGAUAUUGAGGUCAUGGAGGCCAAAACUCCAGAAGAUAUAUACAAGGCACACUUACUUGAUGGUCGGGCAAGUGCUGGUGCUAGUGUUGAUUCAGCCAGACAGAACUUAGCUGCUACAUUUGUUAAUGCAUUUGUCAAUGCUGGCUUUGGUCAGGAUAAGUUGAUGACUGUCCCAUCAGAUGCCUCGAGUGGUGGUGCAUCAGGAAACUGGCUUUUCAAGAAUAAGGAACAUGGGAAGACCAGUGCUGCAGCAAGUCUGGGUACAAUUUUACUGUGGGAUGUUGACUCCGGGCUGGCUCAAAUUGACAAGUACUUCCACAGCAAUGACAACCAUGUUAUUGCUGGUGCGUUGUUAGGGGUUGGGAUUGUCAAUUGCAGUAUAAAAAAUGAUUGUGAUCCAGCACUGGCACUUCUGGGCGAAUACAUAGAUAAAGAAGAUCCGUCUAUCCGAAUUGGUGCAAUAAUGGGUCUAGGGAUUGCAUAUGCUGGUGCUGAGAACGAGCAGAUACGUAGUAAGCUGACUCCUAUACUAAAUGACGCCAAAGCUCCCCUUGAUGUUAUCACAUUCGCUGCAAUCUCCUUGGGGUUGAUAUAUGUUGGUUCUUGCAAUGAGGAGGUGGCUCAGGCAAUUAUAUUUGCACUAAUGGACCGAAGUGACGCUGAGUUGGGGGAGCCCCUUGCUCGCCUAAUACCCCUCAGCCUAGGUCUUCUGUACCUUGGGAAGCAGGAAAGUGUUGAGGCCACUGCUGAAGUUUCAAAGACAUUUCAUGAAAAAAUCAGAAAACAUUGUGAUAUGACUCUGCUUUCUUGUGCUUAUGCGGGAACAGGAAAUGUUCUCAAGGUUCAAAACCUUCUUGGCCAUUGUUCACAACAUCUUGAGAAGGGUGAAACACACCAGGGCCCUGCUGUGCUUGGUAUUGCGAUGAUAGCAAUGGCUGAAGAGUUGGGACUUGAGAUGGCAAUUCGUUCAUUGGAGCAUCUUCUACAAUAUGGAGAACAAAAUAUCCGUCGGGCAGUUCCUUUGGCUCUUGGUCUCCUUUGCAUAUCAAAUCCAAAGGUCACCGUUAUGGACACAUUAAGCAGACUUAGCCAUGAUACGGAUUCAGAAGUAGCAAUGGCGGCAGUAAUUUCCUUAGGUGUGAUAGGGGCAGGAACCAACAAUGCCAGAAUAGCUGCCAUGCUUCGCAAUCUCUCAAGUUAUUACUACAAGGAUGCCAGCCUACUCUUCUGUGUGCGAAUUGCUCAAGGUCUUGUUCAUUUAGGAAAGGGUUUAUUGACUCUAAAUCCAUAUCAUUCUGAUCGCUUCUUGUUAUCACCGGCAGCACUUGGUGGAAUCAUAACCAUGCUGCAUGCAUGUCUUGAUAUGAAAGCCAUCAUUUUGGGGAAGUAUCAUUAUGUUCUCUACUUUCUGAUAUUGGCAAUGCAGCCGAGAAUGUUGCUAACUGUGGACGAGAAUCUAAAGCCGUUGUCUGUCCCUGUUCGGGUCGGCCAAGCUGUGGAUGUUGUUGGCCAGGCGGGUCGUCCCAAAACAAUUACUGGCUUUCAGACCCACUCAACACCAGUUCUUUUGGCUGCCGGCGAUAGAGCUGAGCUAGCGACUGAGAAGUAUAUUCCCCUUUCCCCAAUCCUUGAAGGGUUUGUGAUUUUGAAAGAAAAUCCAGAGUAUCGGGAAGAGUAAAUAUGCCAACAUCGACAUUAGCUGGGCAGUGUGGAUGAAUUUGGAUGCAAGCUGGUUCCAAGAAGGUAGCACAUUGGUAGGAGUUAGAUGAAUGCAUAUAUUCAAAUGCCUCUGUGAUGAGAGAAGAUAUGCAAAUACUGUUGAUGAUAUCAUUCAAUAGCAUGUUGUUUUUUGUACUUUUAAUGUUUGGUCAGUGUUCUUGUAACUUGAUUUCGGUAACUGAAUGUAAACCUGGCGGCUGUUGAUCACUUACUUUCAAAACUAAAAUAGAUCAGCGUCAAUAUAAGACUACUGCAAGUAGUUUUUGUUGAUUCUCAA